GCAAAGACGUCGUUGUAGAAGACAUCAAGAUGUGCCACAGGAUAAUGAAAAUCAUGAAGUGAAAGAUGCUGUGGAUGAGCCUUUACUACAAAAACAUCAACAUCUAGCUUCUUGAAAUACAAAAUAAGAUAUGGGGCCAAUGAAGUGCUGAAAAGGGUGGUUCUUUCAAAAGGCAUUACUAUUAUUCCAAGAUCGGACCUUUCACAUUGGGCAUUGUACUGCCCGAUAAGUAUGGCUUUACAAAAGUUGAUGCUGGAAAUAUACCACGACCCAAUCCUGUCGAAAAGAUAUACAAUGCGCUCAACAAUUCUACAUUUUGGACUGUACAUCCUGAAUGGGUGUAUUGUCAAAAGUGUAAGUAGAUCAAACUCCAGUUGAAAAAGUGAAAACAGCUUUUAUUAAAAAUGAGAAAUCCGAUCUACUGAAUGCCCUGUUUUAUGAUUUAGUGGCUACCAGUUGGUUUGAUUCUACGGAUUCGGGCUUCAAACUGUACAUAGAAGAGUAUCUGAUAAGCCACAUAUUCCUGUCGACUCAUUCUGGGUUGACUAGGUGGAAAAGGUUCAACUUAUUGAUCCGAUUGUCGAACCUUUCGAAAAGAGAGAAGUUAAAGCUAUAGAAGAAGAUUGGUAUAAAAGAUCAGUUGAAUUUACGUAUGAUCAAGAUAUGUUUAUCUAUUCAGUACAUUUGAAACUCUAGGUCUACUUUGCAAUAUCAAUAGCGUCUUCUAUUUUUGACAGCAGAAUGAUAACUGAUUGAAAUUAUUCAUCAGAGUAUAUGUCCAUACAUGAAGUCAAGAGGUCAUGAAUCUUUAUGAACCGGAACGUCUGAAGAGAACACAAACACCUCGAAACCUAGACAACCAAACAAAAUUUCCUAAAGCAAAUGAUACAACAACGAUGAUAACAAGCACAAAGGCAGUGUUGUUGGAGAGGGUAGCAGUAAAACUCCUGUUGCUGUGGUAGGAUUACAAUUUAACCACAUGAAAAUGUAUGAAAUUUACAGCGAUGUAGUAACAAAGUGUGAGAAGGGUAUCGAAAACUGCAAAAUAACUUGCCAGAUAGAACGACUGAGCUGUUACAUUUUGGACAAUAACGCUUACGUCCUUGUCAGCGAUCAACCAGACUACAUAGGAAAAUAUAUUGGUGAUAUCAGACCUGAUAUCAUGGCAGAUCUGAUAGACGACAAAGUGUACAUUCCAACCAGGAUGUUCGAUUAUCAGGCAAUAUGCCAAAAAUUGCCACCAAAAAAGAUCCCGGAGGAAGAAAGGGUCAGGAUCAGAAAAGAGAAACAGCGAGCUGCAGCAAGAGCUCGGAAAAGAGCUAAGAGCUCUGCAACUCGAUUUGGGCUUCCAGAUCAACUUCUUCAAAUAGGAAAAUGGAUUCUCACGACCGUAUGGUUCCUGUUUAGAGUUGUCAGUGGAGAGGAAAAUUUUGUCUAUCAAAGCAUCAACGAAGACAUGAUAGCGUUCAACAAACAAGCGAUAAUCAAAACGUUGCCAACACCUUGUGACCAAGAACGCUGGCUGUUCAAUUUGAACAAGUCUGUGAAGUUUCCUUUGAGCCGGUAUAUUGAUCCGAAGAUCAAGUUUGAGUGUGAUUGGCCAUACGUAGUGGAUAGAAUUCCAAACUCGAAUCUCAUUUUCCUGGCUACCAAUGACCAUGGACCAUGCAAAGGCAGGCCAGCCCCAACCUAUUUAGUAGACCCAAAAGAAAUAGUAUACAACACAUCUUUGCCUUGUUAUAUCGCCACUAUGAAUAACUUUACUAGAAGAAUGUACAUGGAUUGCUUCAACAGAGAUAAACAGGAGGACGCUCUGAAUCAAAAUGACAGAAAAUAUUGCGGGCACACUUGGGGUUAAACGAUUGGUUAAGUUUUAUGCCUUCUCUAUCAGUGCCAAAAUAUGUGCCAAAUGUCAAAUAGGCUUCUUCUGUAAUAACACACUACUAUUCUGUAAGCUUAAGUCAGACGUUUAGCAUAUUUAUUUAUACCUUGGUAUGAAUAUGUUCAUUGUAUGUGUAGGAGACAGUUAUACAAAUUCAAU